CCACCUUCCCUAUCUUCUUUCCAUAGGCGUCCCCCAUAUGAUGGGGGUGAUAUUACAGCUCUUCAUAUUCUGGAGCUAACACGUCAUUAUUGAGCCGAGACAGAGCAUUGUCUUCUUCUACGUGGCCUCUCCUCUUUCUGCUUAUUUUCUAGCGGUAGAAGGAUAAAUCUGCUUAUUUUCUUAUUUAAUUUCUGGGAUUUCUAGCUAGGAUGUUGUUCAAAGAGAAGGAUAGGGAGAAAGGUGGCGCCGCCGUUACCGGCGAGAGGAAGAUGUUUGUUGGGGUGGUGUGGAAUUGCGCGGCGGAGCUUAAGAUCCUCCUCACCGCUCUCGUCUUCCUCUUCUCCAUUAUUACUGUUCUUCAGUUCAUCCCUGCUCGCGUUAGUUUCUCCUCCGCUGCAGAUCUCCGCUCUUGCCUCUCCAACCCGGCGGCGUCUCUCGCCGCCGCCGCCGCCACCCGGUCUCCCUCGAAUUCCUCCGGCGCGGAAUUGCAGACGGUGGAGCGAGAUCGGGUCCUGGAAAACGGCGUCGUCAAGCGGGCUUUCAACGGAUUCGGCUCUGCCGCUUACAACUUCGUCUUGAUGUCGGCUUACAGGGGCGGCCACAACACGUUCGCCGUCAUGGGUUUAGCUUCCAAGCCUCUUCAUGUGUUUGGGAAGCCGAAUUACGAGUGCGAGUGGGUUCCGGCGGACAAAUCGCAAGAUUCCCUCUUGGUUGCGGGCCAGAAGAUCCUCCCGGACUGGGGUUACGGCCGGGUCUACACCGUGGUAGUGGUCAAUUGCACAUUUCCGGUUCCCGUAGGUGACGCCGACAGGGGAGGGACGCUGCUCGUCCACGCCACCACGAACGGCGCCGGCGACGCCAACCUCAACACCACCGACACUUUCGAGGCCAUCGUGGAGAAGCCCCAGGAUUUCUCCAGAUUCACCAGAGUCUUCCAGUCUCCGCCGAAAUACGACUACCUCUACUGCGGGUCCUCCCUGUACGGAGAUCUGAGCCCACAGAGAGUCCGGGAAUGGCUGGCGUACCACGUCAGAAUGCUGGGCGAGAAGUCCCAUUUCGUGAUCCACGACGCCGGCGGAGUGCACCCUGCGGUGAUGGAGGUCCUGAAGCCGUGGAUGGAGAGAGGCUACGUGACGUUACAGGACAUCAGAGAUCAAGAGAGAUUCGAUGGGUACUACCACAAUCAAUUCCUGAUCGUCAACGAUUGCUUGCACCGGUACAGAUUCCACGCGAAAUGGAUGUUCUUCUUCGACGUCGACGAGUUCAUCUUCGUCCCGAAGAAAAGCACUCUCAAAUCUGUUCUCGCCUCCCUCUCCGAUCACACUCAGUUCACAAUCGAGCAAAUGCCCAUGUCUAACAAACUCUGUCUCCGCGAGGAUUUCGGGAAAACUUACAGAAAAUGGGGAUUCGAGAAGCUGGUGUACAAGGACGUGAAGAAGGGGAUACGACGGGACCGGAAGUACGCAGUGCAGCCGCGCAGCGUGUUCGCGACGGGGGUGCACAUGUCGCAGAACACGGUGGGGAAGACGACGCACAAGACGGAGGGGCAGAUUAUGUACUUCCAUUACCACGGGACAAUCGCCCAGCGGCGGGAGCCAUGCCGGCAGCUUGUCAACGCCACCAGUCUCACCGUCGACGGGACGCCGUAUGUUCUAGACACCACAAUGCGGGACGCCGCCGGCGUCGUGAAAAGGUUCGAACUCAAAACAAUUGGGCAUGGGCUCCAGAAGACACGACAAUGAAAAACUAAAGCCCACAUAUUAUCCCAUUUUAUUUUAUUAAAACUCUUAUUAUUAUUCAAUUCAAUCCCACGUUCCACUUUCUUCUUAGGUUCCUUUAUUUUUUUAAAAAAAAUUAAAAAGUAAAAAAAAAGGAAAAUCUCCUGGGUAUAGCCAUUUGUUUAUUUCCCGAUUGUAUGAUAAAAACGUUCAAAGCUGGAAUAGAAUAGAAUUGGACAGGGAAUUUGAUUAGUACCCCGGUGUGCAUACAGUGUUUCAAAUUUUUUCCAAUAUGUUAAAAACAGAGCCAUUGUAUUUUUUCCUUUUGCAAGCCUGGCAUGAUUGAUGAGUGUCGGCACGGGGACCACUUCCCAUGUUCAGUGUUAUUCGAAGUAAUCAGAAUCCAAUGCGGUGGCUGAUGGGCUGAUAAAGGCCUGUUUGGUAAAAAUGGUAACCGAGAUUAAUGCUAAU